GAACGUAAAGCACGAUUCGGGGGGAUUGCGGAUUGGGUGUGUUUACUCGUUUGUCGUUUGUCGAUAAGCCAGUCUUGGCCAGUCUUGCGUGGGUUGUUGUGAAUGAACGUCGCGUAGACGAGAAACUGCACGUUUCUCGUCACUUUUUCCUAAUACUCUCUCUUACUCAUGCUUCGAUGAAUCAGUGAGAUAUUGCUAUCAACUCCAGUACGUAAUAACCAGCUCUGUAUCAUUAAAAAAUGGAGCUCGUCGAUUCAAAAAUGUACGUGGCGAUGAUCAUGUGUCUCUUUUGUUUGGGCGUUGUCGGCCAAUACGAAUGGCAAGCCAGAGACGCUUUCGACGAAAUUCGUCUGAGAAUGGAUAAGAUCAAUCGAGAAAAUUGUCCUAUUCAGCAUCUGGGAGACUUAUAUCUACCAGAGGACUCAGUCUCUCAUUUACCUGAUAUCAAAGAUAUUAACAUCAAUCCUGUGUUUCCUAAUAGAACUGCUUUGUUGCAUCUACAUAAUAUGGCUCUUAGUAGAUCUUUCUUUUGGAGUUACAUCUUACAGUCGCGAUUCAUACGUCCAGCGAUCAACGACACAUACGAUCCAGGCAUGAUGUAUUACUUCUUGUCAACCGUUGCCGAUGUCUCUGCAAAUCCGUACAUAAAUGCUUCGGCUAUAUAUUUCUCCCCAAACAUGUCAUAUUCCCCAUCCUACAGAGGUUUUUUCAAUAAGACCAUGCCCAGAUUUGCUCCCCGUACAUUCAGAGCUGAUGAUUUUAACGAUCCCAUACAUCUGGAAAGAAUAUCUACCAGAAAUACAUUCACUAUACAAGAUCUUGGUGCUUUUGCGAGCAGCAGUCUUAGCGAAGAUUAUACAACGGAUUAUCAUCGAAUAAACGAAUGGUAUAAGAAAUGGUUGCCAGAUAAUGUUGAUAGAAGACACGACACUAAAACUACUUAUCAAGUUGAAAUUCGAUAUGCUAAUAACACCAACGAAACAUUUACAUUCCAUGGACCACCAGGCGCCGAUGAAUAUCCUGGACCUGUAAAAUGGACCAGGCCAUACUUUGAUUGCGGCAGAUCGAAUAGAUGGCUUGUGGCAGCAGUUGUACCUAUUGCGGAUAUUUAUCCAAGACACACAGGGUUUAGACACAUUGAAUAUCCAACAUAUACUGCUGUAUCUGUUAUAGAAAUGGAUUUUGAAAGAAUAGACAUAAAUCAGUGUCCUAAAGGGAAAGGGAAUAGUAGACCGAAUCGAUUUGCAAAUACUGCAAGAUGUAAAACAGAAACUACAGAGUGCGAACCAUUACAUGGUUGGGGUUUUCGAAGAGGAGGAUAUCAAUGUAGAUGUAAGCCAGGUUUUAGACUUCCAACGGUAGUACGACGUCCGUAUCUCGGAGAAAUCGUCGAAAGGGCGACUCAAGAACAAUAUUAUAAUGGAUUCGAUUGUACUAAAAUAGGAUGGAUUCAAAAGACGCCAGUACAAUGGGAAAAGGCAAAACCAUACAUCAGAGAAAAAUAUCUCGAGCAAUUUUAUCGCUAUAAAAAUUAUUCUCUUGGACCAGAAGCUUUGAGGACUGAGAAAAUGAAUAUAGAUCAAGCUCUUAAAUUUAUCUUGAGUAUAAACGCCAAAACGUGCAAAAAUUACACGAAAGAAGAAUUAACAUUACGCGGAGAUAUCGGUUUCGCCGCAGAGGAAUUUUUCGAAAACGAAGCAAAAAUGGCGACACGAUUAGCAAACUUUAUUAGCGCGUUUCUACAAAUUUCUGAUCCUCAUGAAGUUUACUCGGGUAAAAGAGUAGCAGAUAGACCACUUACAGAGGAUCAAAUGAUCGGGGAAACUUUAGCUUUGGUUCUUGGAGACACUAAGAUAUGGUCUGCUGGAACAUUUUGGGAUCGUAACAAAUUCACGAAUAGAACAUUCUUUGCUCCAUAUGCCUAUAAAACUCAACUAAACACUCGAAAAUUUAAAGUCGAAGAUUUAGCCAGACUCAAUAACACAGAGGAAGUAUACACUAAAAAGAAUUAUUUCCAAAUACUGAAACAAAGAUGGGCAACGAAUUACGAUGAGCUGGAGAAAUACUACAUGAAAAUAAAAAUUCGCUACAACGAAACUGGAGAACAUUUGAAGAAAUAUGAACAUUACCCGACUUUUUAUAGAGCGGCAAACCUGAACCAUGGUCACUGGACAACUCCGUACUUCGAUUGUAACGGCAAAAUGGAGAAAUGGGUAAUUACCUAUGCAUCCCCAUUUUUCGGCUGGGACAGCUUGAAAGAGAACCUGGAAUUCAAAGGCGUUGUAGCUGUUACUAUGGACCUGCUUCAGCUCGACAUAAACCAAUGCGACGAUGUGUUCUACGCGCCAAAUGCAUUUAAGGGUACUCACAAGUGCGAUAGGAAAACGUCAUACUGCGUACCUAUUCUCGGCAGAGGUUUCGAAACAGGCGGAUACAAAUGUGAGUGCAAGCAAGGUUUCGAAUAUCCAUUCGAAGAUUUAAUUACAUAUUACGAUGGUCAGUUGGUAGAAGCUGAAUUCAAUAAUCUCAUUAACGAUCAAGAAACUAGGUACGACAUGUUUAAGUGUCGAUUAGCGGGUGCUUCGUCGGCUGAGGUCAGCUGGAUGUUAUUACUAGCGUCGAUGGUCUAUUACCUGAUUAAAAGUAAAUAAUGCCGUUUUAUUAUAAUAAAUAGAGAUAUACCAUUAUGCCGUCCGAUUACAAAGACUUUGAGUAUUUUAUUUUAAACUUAUAUUAGCAAUACUACAUUCCGUCCAAUGAUAUUUUAAUCAUUACACUUUUUAUCUCGGAAGAUUAUAGUCAUUUUAAGAGAGUUUCGUAGAAUACAAAAGUCAUAAAUGUAAGAAAUAAAUACAUAAAUUGUAAUUAUAGAUACGUGCAUACACGGCACAUACACUUUAUACGUCCAGUUGAAAUGUACACAAAUGUAUAUUGUCAAUUUAUGUAUUUUAAAAUAUAUUUUAUACCUUUUAUAUUUUAAUAAUACAUUGUAUAUACAAUUA